GAUUUCAUUUACGUAUUAUCAUUUUUUUGUCGUUAGUAUCAAAAACAAAGUUCAAAACAAAAUUCCCCAGCUCGGGGGGGAAUUGUUAAAUUUUUUUGACGUUUUUGCGUUUUAUUGGUCGGGAAAGAAACUUUUCACGGUCAUUUUGAAGUAUAUCGACUAUAUAAAUUCUAAAUUUUCUGAAAUGAAUGUAUUGUGAAAUAUAGUUGACUUGGUUUUCAAUCUCUAUAGAUUCAAAAUUUUUUACGCAUUAUUUGACGCACAAGCUAAUAUCCGUUAAGAUGGGUUCAAAAUUUAGAUCAUCGAUCGUUCGAUCGAUGUUUCUGAUUGGUUGCUUGUCAUUAUUAUUUGCUAACGUUAAAUCGGUACCGAGUCCAAUAAAGCAAAUAAGAAGUUUAGUAAGUGUAAUUAACGAUAUUACCACACUAUUUACCGGUAUGGAUGGUCUUAUUAAGUUGAUACAAAAUGACGAUAGCAAUGAAAAAUUUCAAAAAAAAGUAACGAAUCAGCUUGACGACAUUUAUAAAGCGUGUUUGACAAUCGAUGACGUUAAAAAGGAAGUUCAAAGUGUGAACUAUGCUGUAAGCUCAAAUGCCGCCCAAGUUAUUUCGGAAACGAAUUUGAAACUUGAUAUGGGAUACACGACAACAAUUGAAGGCAAAUUGAAAGAAAUUGGAAGGCUAUAUGAAAAUGAUUUUAAUGAUAUUUAUCAAGCAAUGGGAGCCUCCAGCAAUGAAACGAUCGAUGAAAUUGUUGCCGAUAUGCUUAAAAACGACUUGAAACGUUUUCUAAAACAGAUUUUGGACGCUACUAAGUUAUCUGAAGCAGCGGAUCGUGCCUAUGCAAAAGAUAAUAUUUUUGCAAAUGCUGUCGCUUAUUCUAAAAAUGAGAGAGAUCAUCACCGAGAUUGUAAUGUUAUUUCGGCAUACGAUAAACUAUACAAUUAUUAUAAAUAUGUAAUAACGACUGUCACCCAAGGCUAUACUAUGAUCAUAAUGGCUUAUCAGUAUCGUAAACUACACUCGAAUGAUCCAAGCUACAAUACAAACAAACAACUUAUCUAUUUUAAUUUGUAUAAAGAAGCUAUAAUUAAAAUAACUGAAUCUGUACAGUAUUAUCUGGAGUUAAAUAACAACGCAAUUUUCAAAUCGUCAUUUUCUUGUGAUCCUCAAUCAUGGAAAGAAGGAGAAAAUUAUAUUCGUAUAAAAAAUUAUGUAUCAGUUAGAACACUUGCCACUCCUCAUUACGGUUUCAUGCACAGCGAACCUGAUAGGAGAGGAAUAGAAUACGAAUGUCCAGGUUUUGCGGAAUAUGGAGAUUGGGCGAUCCCAGAACUUAUUGCGACUCAAUAUUGUACAAGUCCAUUCACCCCAUCCUCCAAGUUUUCUGCAUAUUCCGAAUUCACAGACUAUGCGACCCGUGUUAUGGAGAGAAAAUGUGCGUUAGGUGCUUACACUCCAUUACAACGGCGUUGUUAUUCUGAUGAAAAUUCAGAUCCUAUCCUGAGUGUUCGUAAAUUGAGUUUAUUAUUGCAAACAUGCAACAUUGCAAUUAAUGAAGUUGUGACAAAUGCGCGAUUCCAUGUUCAAGAUGGAAUAGUUAGCAUCGAAAUUCAAUGUGGGGUGUUUAUUAACGGUAAAGUUGAUACCAGCACUCUUAGAUGGAAUACAGAUGAUAGACGUUACACAAGAGCCAAUCAUCCAAACUAUGUUGUGCUUUCUGCAUUAUUGAGAUCAUUCAAUUUGGACGAUAUUGAAUUACCUGACGGAGAAUUCGUGACGGGAAUGAAAUUCGAAAAAUUGAAUGAUAACAAUUUGUCGUUGGUUCUUCAGGGAACUGAAAUGUAUGAUUCCAAUAAUCAAAUUAUCAGUGGUCAAACUAGUUUGCAUUCUCCACAAAAUACCGGAAUUUUAAGAGAGAAAAUAGAUUUAUUCCUACUCACUACACCUUUGGAAAUAAAAAAUCAAACUUGGGAAAUGAGUCAAUCGGGAAGAACUUACAUCGAAUUGACAGAAUCCAGAGAGUCAUAUAAAUAUCAAAGUAUUGCAAUAGUUCCAUUUUUGGACAUGCAACCGGCUAGCUUAUUGCAUGCAGCACCACUAGGCGGACUUGGAUUAUUUUACAAGGGUCAACCUGGCUAUGCCGGAUUUUUGGCUUUCAAACUUAUUUCUCCAAAAUAUGUGCAUUUUAUUAGCAGAAAUUAUGCUGAUAAUCUGGCUAUUACAUCUUCAAAUAUUUAUUAGUUGAGCACUAAGUUCUGUAAGCACUCAGAUAAUUUUACAAUAAAAAUUAUACAAAAGUUUGACUUUGCAACGACAUCCAGCGCACAUUUAAUUUUUACCAUACCCAUUGUGAAAUAUAGCAUUUAAUAGCAAAUAUAUUUAGUACUACUGGUUUAAUACACGAGAUGAGAAUUGAGAUACUCAAGUUGUCGUCGAAACACCAAAUUUUUUGAUAAGUUUUUUUAAAAAAUCUUCUGUAUGCAA